AUGUCCGCCGAGGAGCCCCCGCCCGACCUCAAGGGCAAGCUGCGUGCGCUGCCAAAUGCCGUUGGCGAAUACCUGCACUCGAUCCCGGACGACCACCCGCUGCAGAUCGCGCUGCGGACUUACGCGCUGUCGAUCUCCCUCUCGCUCGGGCCUGCGCUGGUGCCGUUUAUGACGAGCCCGAAGGCGCGGAGAGACGGGUGGACGCGUCUGAAGAGGAUAUUGGGACGCGAGUUGGGGGCGACCGGAUUUGCGUUCGCGAUGACCGCGGGUGUAGGCGGCGGCGCGUUCCUGAAGGAAGUAUUCGAUGUUCUCGUGUUGGAGGGGGAGUGCCCGCGUCUGGCGGACGACAGAUCUGUACAUGGAAGCUUACGGGCGAAGGUUAUUGGAUGGCUUGCCUUGUUGAAGGAAUCGCAUCGGACUUUCCUUGCUAACGCCCUUUCGUCCGCCUUGGCGAUCACCCUCUUUCACCGCAGACGUCGUUCACCUGUGUCCACCGGGCCUGGUACCACAUUACCACUCACCCCUCCUCUGUACGGGAGCUCCCCUACCAAGCCCUCGCUGUUUGCAGGCCGCCCUUCCAUCACCCUCGAUCUGACUCUACUGCUCCUGGUACGCGCUAUGGAUGCUCUGUCACAAAUCACCAUACAGAAAGGCUGUGAAGUCUUAGAGAAGAAUGGUGGCGUCGACGGACAGGAGGCCGCACAGAAGCGCAGGCAUCUCCUCAGUAUGCGGCUAGACGCAUUGGUCUUCUGGGCAAGUAGCGCGAGGAUAAUGUGGUGCUUCUUCUACCAGCCAGAAAGGUUACCUCGCUCGUACAACAAAUGGAUCAUGACCGUAGCAAACAUUGACCCGCGCAUCCUCGCCGCCCUGCGAUUGCUCCGCACCGGAGACUGGUCCUACAGGCGGCAUCACUCCGCACAGCCUGACCUCGUCUCCUCACUGUCGCGAGAUCUCGGUUACCCAGCAGCCUGGGGAGAUGUCACUCGCUUGCCCCCAUAUGGCGGGCCCGAGGCUACUGCCGUAUGGAGGGAGAUGGGUGUGAAGGGUCGCGAUGGGAUCGGCGGCAUCCCUUGCGAGCUCGUCCACGCCAAUGCUUCUGGAGGCAGCUGUAGCAAGAACGUCUCCCUCAGAGGAUCGCAGGCGUUUGUCUCUGCUCUGGCAAUAUACCUUCCUGUGCACAUCCUCCCCAUCCUGCUCACCCGCCCGCGCACCCUCCUCCGUCUGUCCAAGCUGGUUCCCAUUCUCCUCGCGGUCCUCCGGAGCGCUACCUUCCUCAGCACAUUCGUCUCAUGUAUCUGGGCCGCGGUCUGCCUCACGCGCACGGUCCUCCUGGCGCGCCUCUUCCCGUGGAUCUCGCACGACGUCUGGGACGGUCACUUCGGGUGUACGUUUGCGGGGAGCCUCGUAUGUGGGGGCAGCAUCUGGAUUGAGCAGGGGCGGAGGAGAGGCGAGAUUGCGCUGUACGUCCUGCCGAGGGCGAUCAGGGCAUGCUUGCCUGAGAGGUGGGUGAGGAGCGGGGCGAAGGGAGUGCAGUGGGGUGAACGGCUCGCCUUUGUGCUUUCAUUGUCGACCAUACUGACGGCCGCGGUCCAUCGACCGGAUUCACUACGCGGGUUGUCACGAUGGACCUUGGCUUUCAUCAUGAAGGGACCGAACGCUGGCUUCUGGAGACGCAAACGGCGUGGCGAGUCCGUGCCUCCUACACCCAUUGAAACCGGACCGAAUACCGAUACCCACUCAAAACCAUACGUUCUGUGA